GGAGGUCAAGAUGGCGGCUGGAAUAGCCAGGUCAGGAACUUUCGAAGUCUACAUAAGACAACAGUGGUGUGGGGUGGAUGUGACUCUAAAUGAAGAGUCAUUAACCCUUACACUUACAGAAAACCCAGAACAAGCGGGUGCAAUCAAUGGUGCGCCCGACAGUCGCCAGGGUCUUGCAAAUGGCAGCCCCGAAAUGCCCGAGUCUAUCGCCGGUCAGAAGCGAUUUGUGAAAGUAAUUAAAGAAGAAACGAAUGGAUUGGGAAUCAGCAUCAAGGGCGGAAAGGAAAACAAAAUGCCAAUUCUUAUUAGCAAGAUUUUCAAAGGAAUGGCAGCCGACAAAACGGAGAAACUGUAUGUUGGGGACGCCAUUCUGUCGGUGAACGGGGAAGACUUGAAGGAGGCAACCCAUGACGAAGCUGUCAGGGCUUUGAAACGAGCCGGCAAAAUAGUAGAAAUGGAAGUAAAAUAUUUAAGAGAAGUUACACCAUAUUUCAAGAAAUCGUCUCCUCUGAAUGAACUUGGAUGGGGAUCACAUCCAGAUCCCCCCAAAGAAACAGUCAAAACGUCCAGCUGGUCAGAAACGAAAACUAUACCACUGAAAAUGUGCUACCUCUGUCGGAACCUUAGUAUAUCUGACCUCGAACAAAAAGUUCUGGAACUGCAUUCACCAGAUGGAAAAAGCUCCUGCAUUCUCCGAUUCUCAGACCCUCUCACUGCCAGUGACUGGUUUAAUGCGAUUCAUUCUAAUGUUACUAUGCUAACCCAACAAGCCAUAGCAGAGGCCAACCAGAUCACAAUUUCAGCACCAAACCAAGGGGAGAUAAUGCAUAUGGGAUGGCUCUCUGAACAGCUAACAAAUGAGCAGGGAAGCCCUAGCUGGAAGCCAGUGUUCAUAGCUUUGACGGACAAGGAUCUCCUACUGUAUGACACUGCACCCUGGAGCAAGGAGGAGUGGGCCACACCCUUCCAGAGCCACCCACUCCUGGCAACCAGGUUGGUACACUCAGGGAGGCAGAGCAAUCUCAUCACCGGGGACGAUGUCCUGACGUUUGGCACCCGUUCUGGGACAAGGAAUGGCGUGGAAACACACAUCUUCCGUGUGGAGACACAGCGAGACUUGGCAUUCUGGUCCCGUGCUCUGGUGCAGGGCUCCCACGGAGCUGCUGUCCUCGUGAAGGAAGUCACUUGUCCUGUGACAUGGCAAGGAAAGAAAGCAAAGUUGUGCCUGAACUUUGACACAGGCUUCACAUUGAUAGAGGACAAGGGAAGCGAUGAAAUCCAAUCAACCAUCCUGUGGAACUACCCGUUUGAGAGACUGAGGAUGUCUGCUGAUGAUGGGCACCGACUGCUGUGGCUGGACUUGGGUGAAGAUGGAGAACAGGAACUGGAUUUGAAUACAUGUCCAAAGCCAAUGGUGUUUGUUCUUCAUACAUUCUUGUCAUCCAAGGUUGCCAGAUUGGGUCUCAUUGCAUAAUAAGUGUCUCACCAUAAAAUCAAUAGGAGAAAGUGAACAACCCUGUAGUACAGAAGUGCAGGUCAUCUGUGGCUGUGUACAGGAAUGUAAUAGGAUCUUAAUCCUCCUUCAUCAGAGUGAUCUUAUUGAAAUCUUUUUACAAGAUAUUUUACUAUCAUGGUAUUACAGUGAUUUUUUGUUCCUACCCAGGUGAUAUUAUUUGGUGAGAGGAAACAGGUGAAUCGAAACAAAUGGAUUGCUCCCUGAUAAUAGGGAUUUGUUAUUUAGAGUUCAAUUGUACUUUUUGUUUAUGUAUUCUCAAACCAUUUUUAUUUGUAAUG